AGAACAGAUAGUUGGUAUAUCCGGAAAUAUCACUUUGAAUUUAUCUAUGCCUCGUAUGUUCGGAGAUCACUUCCGGUUGACACAGCAACUGUCCAAGAAGCACAUGAUAAUUCUAAGUAUGCACCUGCUCAAAAGUUAAGAAUCGUACCUCCUUAUCCCUUAACACUAACAGUAGAGGAGUUAAUUUCUCCUUCGUUCAAUUCUCGACGCGCGUCGCAAUACAGGAGAAACCCUGCAACGUCGAGACCACCGAGGCCGUAUUAUUUCGAAAUUCUCGCUAAAGCAGCGAGAGAAAAGCACAAUGAACUGUACCCAGAAUAUAAGUAUUCUCCUAAGAGAAAAAAUAAAUCAAAGAAAGCAUCAAAAUAA